CGACGGUUCCUAGCUGAUCACCGAACACCUCGAUUUCCCAAACUCCACGAAGGUGCUAUAUCCGAGUUCUCUCACCCACCUGCGCCCAUCAAACAUCGGAAAGUGACCCGUGAGUCAUCAGAUUCGGCAUCGCAAGGCUACAAGGCUGAUGAUCUGAGCCUUUGAGUGGCCCCCCAUGCCUCGCCCACGCGUCAAGGACGAAGACCGGAAACGGGUGGCGCGGGCCUGUGACACCUGCAAGCGGAGAAAGGAGAAAUGUGAUGGACAGCAACCUUGCUUGCUCUGCAAGCGACGAUGUCGCGAGACUGAAUGCGUCUUCACCGAGGCCUACUCCAAGCGAGGCUCUCAGCGCCAGGGCAGUACUGCGUCGUCUCACCCCAUCACCCUCAAGGAUGCCCUAAAUGAGUCCAAUGAUGCCGAGAUCGCCAUUGAAUCGCUUCUGACGCUGUCCGGGUCGAGAAGCGCUCCAAAGUCUCCCCAGUACGACAGGGAUCCGGACGCACUCAUAUCGAGGGCCCCUGUACCCAAGCUGGCCAGACUGCUCCGCGAUGGCCGCGGCAAAUUCAUCUUCGUGGGCGACUCGAGCAACCUGGCAUUUGUCCAGAAUAUCCGUCGCCUGGUCAAGGCAGAGAUUGGCGAGUGUCAAUUGACCUCGGACCCUCUCCGGCAUGCCAUGUGCGAGGUGAUUCCUCCUCACAAGGCGCCGACGCCUGCACAGUCGCAACACCCCAAACCCAGCUUGGCCGAGGCUCAGGAUCUGAUCAAACACUAUUUGUUGGCCUCGAGUGGUGUGAUCGACCUGUUCGAUCCGGACGACAUUUCCCAGCAUCUGUGCGCAUGGACGCAGGAUCCUACCGCCGAGACGGAUUUCAACAGUUCCAUCUAUUAUCUCGUCAUGGCCAUCGGGGCCUUGACUCGCGACGCGACCGACCUGGAUCAGGCAGAGUUUUACUUCUCGCGCGGCCGAGAGAUUGGGGUCUCGAGUUUCUUGGAAGAUCCCAGCGUCCUAACCAUCCAGGCCUACGCCCUGAUCACGUUCUACAUGUUGUCCGCGGUGAGAAGAAACGGCGCAUUUAUGCUACUUGGCAUCGCCGUUCGAGCCGCAUAUGCUCUAGGGCUGCACAGAAGCGACAUCUCAAACUUGUUCGAGCCGCGAGAAAGGCUUGCGCGGGAACGGGUGUGGAAGAGUUUGCGUGUCCUCGACCUGUAUAUGAGCGGCUCACUCGGCCGACCGCCUGCAACCUCGGAAGUCGAUGGUGGGAGCGUGUCUUGGAAUCGAUCUACCAGAGACUAUGAGGAUAUCCAGAUGAACGGACGCAACACCUCGGCGACACUGAGGAUAUGUUUCAUCUUUGAGCGAAUACUGAACGAGGUCUAUUGUCGUCGCGAAGUCUCUGUCCAGCUGGUCGAAAGCAUCUCCCGUCAAUAUCGAGACUGGACCAUGCAACUGCCGGCAGGUCUGCAAGCCGACAGUCUGGACCAGAAGGGCGGCUCCACGGCUCCGACACUGAGACAGACCCUCGGCAUCGCCCACUUGAAGGGUGCUUACUACUGGUCGAUUAUUCUUCUGACCCGACCGUUUCUGAUCUUCAAGGUGUCCUCGAAGAUCAAAGGCCGUUCUGAGGACGAGGACAGCGCUGGAAACUCGGUCACAAUGACUCUAAGCGAAGCUUGUAUUGACGCUGCGCUGAGGAGCAUUGAAAUUGCGACUGACAUUGUUCACACCCCGGGAGUACCCAAGCGCCUGUUCAUGAUCACUAACAGCACCUUCAUAUCAGCCAUGGUGAUCGGAUUUGCCAUUUUCGGUGACUUUGACAAGUCGUUUCCGUUGCUCAGCAGCAUUACCCAAGCGGAGGCUAUCUUGACCAUCAUGGCAAAGGAUGACAUGUCAGCUCGUCGACACUAUGAGAUAACCAGCUACCUGCGCCUCGCCGCGAUUGAGCAUAUUCGACGGCGAGACCAAAUGCAAAUGCAGAGGCGAAGACAGGACAUCCACAACAUCUUUGGUGAUCCUAUCAACAAGACAAACGGUGCAGGCUCGAGCAAAGCGACCAGCGGCAAUCAAACUCCCAGUCAGAUUUCAGCCCCAGAAGUCGCUCCCAAUCACAACAGCACAACGGCUCUGUUCGAUGCCACAGAGGAGUCCGGGGAUUCCGCGCCGCCGUGGCAGCUACGGUUCGACAUGCCGGCUGAGAGCCGCGGCCCCGUGUUGACCACCUCCGGAGUAUUGGCGUACAAUGGCGAGGAAUCUGCUGAUCCUAUCCCACCUUUGCCGCGCACAGAUUUCGGUCAGAUGCCAGAGGCAGAUUAUCUCUCACCGGAUGGAUCCGGGAUACCGAGUCUUCCGUCGUACACUGAAGAGUUUCCUCUCUUCUCGUUGAUGACGGAGUUCGAUCAGCUGCAGGAUCCUUUCUCGAUGGUCAGGUCAUGAGCACCAUUAGUCAGUUUUGUCUGCUUUGAAUUGAAUCUGCUGUGUCACAGAGCGGGCCAUGAGCCUUGCAACCCAGGCGGAGAGAAACCACGCCCCCACUGCAAUCACGAGGAGAUAUAGUCCCGUUGGAGCAAGUGACCUUGGCAAGAUGUUGAAAAGAUAUGGGUCUAGAAUUACGUCCACGGCGACCGGAGGCACGACCUCCAUGAGUGUCUGGUUUAAGCUAAAAUAGUCUGCCGCAGCGAACACCUGGAGGAACAGGAACGUCGACCCGAUAUGGCUGGUAUCAGCCUUUGCCUUCCGGAGCAGGAGCCUUUGACUAUCUUCAGAGCCAAGCUGUGCGUGGCGGGCAUAAGCGUAGGCACUCAAUGAUGUCAAAAGGUCGGGUGUCGCAAAGGCAUGAUCCAGCGAGUGCGUGUAGAGCCAGAAGGACGUCGGUUGCUGGAAAAGAGUCAGCCGUAGUCGCCAGAAGGAGGGACAUCUUACAGUCGCCAGCCAACAAAUUCGAAGCUCAUACCGUCCUCCGGGCCGAAGGCCCUCGAGUAAGAACCAACUCUCGGUCCCCUUAGGGGAGUUUGUCGUCGGGAAGCUCGCAUUGAUGUGGGUUCUGACACUUGGGUGUUGUUCAGAGAGACGUGUCAGAAACAGAUUGUCGAUACUCGCAUCUUGGGGUAGAUUGUCCGCGGCGGGAGCAAGGAAAAUGACCUUCUCGACAUUGGCGAAGGCACAGUAAGGCCAUAAUAACCAGAGAAAGAGGAGUUGAUAUGCCAUUGACUUGAAGAAAUAGUUGUAAAGGGAUGAUGGCGGUAUGUAGAUACCCAGGAUGUCAGAGUGCAGGUGGUGAAGGGGCAUUUGAUAAAACUUCCGC